AUGACACAUCUCCAGAUUUAUUUUAAGGUUAUUUUAUUGCAGUAUCUCGGUGUGGCAUAUCCACAUUUGCAAAAAAUCGAGAAGAGAUUCUUCGAAGUAGUCGCUGACGGAAGUGUCACCGAAGUGCGACUAUUUUUGGAGAAACAUCCGGAUUUCAAUAUAAAUGCCAUCAAUUUUCAAGGUGUUAGCGCGCUGCAUAUCGCUGUUAACGAGAGAAAUACGGCGAUGGUCGAGUAUCUGUUGUCUCAUCCAGAUAUCGAUCCGGGCGACACGCAUCUGCAUGCAAUUCGAGAUGAUCAACUGAGGAUCGCCGUGCUGAUAUUGAAUAAGCUGAAUGAAUUGGCGCCGGGCCUCGAAUACGCCGGUGUCACUCACAGUCCUGAUUUCCCGGACGAUACAACACCGCUUGCGGUGGCGGCACAAUACGGGCGUUUCGAGAUAAUUGAUAUGCUCAGAUUCCGACAUCACAUUCUGCCGAAACCACAUCCUCCUAGUUGCAACUGCGACGAAAUUUGCAAUUAUUCCAUUCGUAUAUCAUAUAUUUUUUUUCCCUUUUAUCGCAGACCGGAAAGGGAAAAGGGUGAUAUCAUAACCAUGGUAAAAAUGAGAUUGUUCAUGUACAGGGCGAUAUCGAAUCCAGUGUACAUUUGUCAAAUCGAAGAAGAUCCGAUCUUAAAAGCUUUUCAAUUGUCGGCCGAGCUUAGAAAAGAAGCUUCGUUCGACAAAGAAUUUUAUCCCGAUUACAAGGCAUUGUCCGAUGUUAGUGUAAUCUCAUUCCUUGUCCAAAUUUAUUGGAUAUUAACACAAUUUUUUGUGAUAAAGGAGGUGACCCAAUUCGCCGCAGACUUGAUCGGAUGCGCACGUACCGCGGAAGAAGUCGAAUGUGUAUUAAAGCAAACUGCUGGUUUUGGUCGUACCUCUAGUUUCGUAUAUCCUCGACUAUUACUAGCUUUGGAUUACGAGCAGAAAACCUUUGUCGCUCAUCCGAAUGUACAACAGGUAGCGUCGCGCCACGACGAAAGUUUCCGCAAAUUAAGAAAUUUCAUUAAAAAGUUAAAUUUGAUGUCCUUUCAGCUUGUCGAGAGCCAGUGGAUUGGCACGUGGCACGAAUGGAAAGUCAGAAACAUGUGGCUGAAGUGCCUGACGAUAAUUCCGCAGAUCGGCCUGCUACCAAUCAAGGCGCUUGUCAUAUUAUUCACACCGAACUCGGAACGAGUCAAGUUCUAUGAAAUCCCGGUUAACAAAUUUCUCUCUUCCGUGGCGAAUUACUUGAUAUUUCUCACAUUCGUGUUUUUCCAAUCGCGUAGCGACAAAACCGAACAGCUACGCGGACCACCCAAUACUGGUGCCCUCCUAAUUAUCUCCGAGAUUAAAGUUAACCCUUUAGCUACUAUGCGCCACUAUAGUUCCUCGGAACGAUCGUUUAAAACACAGAACCAUUAUAGUGGCUCUCUUCGACAUUUCGAUGUUUUUUUCGUUAUAUAUGUGUGUAUAUAUAAAAUGAAAAAUAAAAUGCUAAAGGGAUACGAAUGGGUUCUCGCUAUUUACGUGAUAUCGUAUAUAUUUGCAUUUGUUCGACUUUGCAUUAUGGACGGUCCGGCCAGAUGCUUUAAAACGCGUACAAACUGGUAUGAGCUUAUUAUGCUCAUAUUGUUCGUGCUAACGUUUCUCUUCUGGAUAGCUGCCGCAGUGGACGUUAGGAUAAAUGGUCAACGAGAAUUGGAGAGAAAAUACUGGCACAAAUACGAUCCGACUUUGAUAGCGGAAGGAAUAUUUUGUAUCGCGGCAAUCAUGGCCUUUUUCAAAUUACUAUUCAUCUGCCAGCUAGACUACGAUCUAGGACCUCUGCAACUUUCUUUAGUUAAAAUGAUCAGAGACGUUGGUCAUUUUGUCGCAAUAUUCGGUAUCAUUGUCCUGGCAUUCGCAGUUGGAUUGUGCCAUCUUUAUCAGUAUUAUAAUGGAAUGGUGCAGACGGAUGACGAAUCAAAGCUGAAGAUAGAGCAAGAGAGUUCCUUCGUCGAUUUCAGGUCUACUCUAAAGACUCUCUUCUGGGCUGUUUUUUGCAUGAGCCCCGUAGAAAGCGCUGACGUGAUUAUCGAAAACCUUCCAGGUGAAAGGGAGUCAGAAACAAUAAUUAAUCAUCAUAACUUCACCGAAUUUAUCGGUUAUUUUGCUUUUGCCGGUUUCCAAUUUAUGUCCGUGGUAAUCGUCUUGAAUAUGCUAAUUGCUUGUAUGGCAAAUACAUUCACCAAAGUGACUGACAAUGUCAAUGUUGAGUGGAUCUUUGGUCGAACUGAGGCUUAUGUCGAUGUCAUGCUUACAACAACGCUUCCACCUCCAUUCUGCAUUUUCUCCAUUUUCACGGGAUUGCGACCAGUAAUCAAAUACAUAAAAAUACUGAUUAAACCACCACCAGGCAAACGGGCACGAUGGGAUUUUGUAAAUUGUUGCUACAUAGAGGAUCUAGAGGAAAAAAAGGACAUACGAUUCGCAGAAGUCAUGUCGCAACUAGUGCAACGUUAUCUUCGUCAACGUGAAAAGAGAGUGGAGGAAACUGACGUGCAAAAACUGAGAAAGGAACUGAUAGAGUUCAGCAAUAUUCUGAAGGAGGCUCUUAGUCCGUCUUAAAAGAUCGUUUCAUCGUAAUAUUCCACCUCAAAGAGAUAUUUCUAUUUGUGUCAUAUUAAUUUCUUAAUUCUUUGCGCAGUACACAAGUCAUUUUCAAAAAGCGUGACAGGAUAAUAUCUGUAAUUAUAAAGGAUUAAUUUCUACUUUGUACGAAAUAAGAAAUACUUUUUAUCAACAUUAGAUAGAGAGAGAGAUCAU